CGAAAAACUAAAGCAGCAAAUCGCCAUCCGAGCUUUCUUUUCCAACCUCUUUUUUGUUAUCGAGGGCAUUUCAUCGCCACGACUCUCCAUAGCUGACUUGCUCUAAUACUGGAGAUAUCGCGGCACCACUGAUAUCCAAACCUCUCAACCACCAGUUAAUAUGACAGAGUCUGAGCUGCAGGAUUACCUGAGCGGCCAACGCGGAGCCUUCGAGGGCAUCCUUGGCCUCAUCCCAGCCAAGAUGUACUAUGAGCAAGACAACAGUGAUCAAUGGAGCAAGAAGAAACAGACAAAACAACAGGCUGCCGAUGCCCGACGCGGAAAGCUGGAUCCCGACAGCGAGCGGAAUCGAAAUGCCAAGGAAGUCCUAGAUGAACGGGCCAAGAACAAGCGAAAGCUGCGUGAGUUGAAGAAGCAUGACGAUGCUGAUAACGAAGAUGAUUGGGAGGACCAUGAGCCUGUCCCUGGUGUAGAGAUGGAGAAGCCUGGCGAGGGGCUCAAGGUCAAGACAGCGGAGACCAAUAAGAAGCAGAAGCGCAAAGACGCGACAGAGACAGAAGCCCAGGAUAUUUCAGAGACCAACAAGAAGCAGAAGCUCAACGAAGAGACAGAGGCCGAGGUUAAGGACACAACUGAGACAUCCUCUUCCAAGAUGUCGAAAAGGGAAGAGAAGAGGGCGGCCAAGAAGGAAAUGAAGAAGGAGAAGAAGGCUGAGAAAAAGGCUGAGAAGAAGGUCAACAAGACAGAGACUCCUGCAGCCGAGAAAAAGGACGUGCCAACUCCGACACCGAAGGCUCAGAAGAAAGCCGCGAAGAAGCAAAAGGAAGUCGAGGAGGAGGAAGACACAACAGCCCACGGUGACGGCGAGGUUUUACCUAUGGACAUCUCGGGUCUGGAGAAUGAGGACGAGGCCACCGCCAACUCAAGUAAUGAUUCCGAGCCACAAUCUCCUACCUUUGACACCAACGAUUCCACGACUACUCCCGCGGAGACAACCGCCGAGCCUGGCAGCACUACUACCUCCACCUCAUCCACUAUUCCUCCUUCAGAGAAACCCAAGUCUAUUAAGCUCCCUGCCGACACCUCUGCCAUCCGAGCUCGUCUCGCUGCCAAAAUUGAAGCGCUUCGUGCCGCCCGAAAAGCUGACGGACCUGAUGGCAAGCCAAUUCGCACACGCCAAGAGCUCAUUGAGUCGAGAAGAAAGAAGCAAGAGGCUCGAAAAGCCCACAAGCAGGAGAUGCGCAAGCAGGCUAAGCUGGAGGAGCAGCGAAAGCGUGAGGAGGCUUUGGCAUCUAGUUCACCAGGUGUUAUGAGCCCCGCGGUUGAACUCGACGAGAGUGCUAGCAACUUCACAUUUGGCCGUGUCGCUUUUGGUGAUGGUGCUCAACUUUCACGCGAUCUCGGCCACGUGCUGAGCCAGGGCAAGAAGAAGGGGCCCUCUGACCCCAAGACAGCCCUUAUCAAGGUCCAAAACCAGAAAAAGCGUCUUCAGGAGCUUGACCCCGAGAAGCGUGCCGACAUCGCGGAGAAAGACAUCUGGCUGACAGCCCGUCGUCGUGCCGAGGGUGAGAAGAUCCGCGACGAUGAAGCUCUCUUGAAGCGUGCCGUGAAGCGCAAGGAGGCUGCCAAGAAGAAGAGUGAGAAGGCCUGGCGCGAACGAUCUGAUGGCGUCAAGAUGGCUCAAAAGGACCGUCAACGCAAACGUGAGGAUAACUUGCGUCAAAGACGGGAUGAUAAGCUGCUCGGUAAGGCGGGCAAAAAGAAGAAGAAGGGUGGAGCCGCCGGAGGUAAGAAGAAGAGCCGUCCUGGUUUCGAGGGAAGCUUGGGCGUUGGGGGCAAGAAGAAGUAAACCGAAGAAGUUAUGACGCGGCGAGGGGAAGGUGGAAGAUGGAAGAUGAAGAGAAAGGCUGGCUGAGUUUUUACCCUUCGAUUUAUUCAAGAUACACGGCGCUGGCGGAGUUAUGGUCGGCAAAAAGGAGAGGAGCAUAAAAAAACAUCUUCAGGACUUAGCUCGGCGACGCAUGUACUACCUUAGUUGAUAUAAUCCAUCACUAUACGAAACCAGAGAGCCUGUCUCGAAGGUGUCGUCAAGCCAGUUCAAGCCCCAAGUCCCAGUAGCGCAAGUCCCCAAGAUGUCUUAUCAAAAGUUGCAGUAUC